UUGUGCGUCACUUACGUUCAGUGUACGGCAAAAUGGCGCUGCUGCUAAGGACCUUGGCCCGUCAGAAGUUGUGUGUCUCUAGGCCGCGAUGCAGUGUCCUCUACGUCAGAAAUGCUGCUCCAAUGGGAACCACUGCCAAGGAGGAGAUGAACAAGUUUUGGGCAAAAAAUACCCGAUUGAACCGACCUAUGUCUCCUCACCUAACCAUUUACAAAUGGUCUGUCCCCAUGAUGAUGUCCAUCACGCACAGAGGAACUGGAGUUGGCCUCAGUGGAGCCAUUUCUGCUUUCGCCGUGGCCGCUCUGGUCCUGCCCGGUAGUUAUCCGCACUAUCUGGAUCUCAUCCACUCCUUGUCGGUUGGCCCCUUCCUCAUCGCCCUGGCCAAAAUUGGCAUCGCCUUCCCCGUGUCCUACCACACCUUCAACGGAAUCCGCCAUUUGUGGUGGGAUAUCGGCAAAGGCUUCAAAAUUCCUGAAGUGUACCGUAGUGGCUAUACCGUGAUCGGCCUGUCUGUCAUCACUGCCAUCGCCACCGCCAUAUUCCUCUAAGCUCACUACUGCUAGGACAAUUGCUUUAUUGGAAUUUGGAUUUUUUCUCUUGUGUAUAUGUUCUGCUGGCUAAUAAAGAAUUAUAUAUAUGUAUAUGAUGAUUUAAAAAAAGUGUCGUCACUUUCUUACAUCAGAAACUAUGCAGAAUGCCCCCCCCCCCCAACCUACCUAACCCCCCUUCCGUCACCACAACAUCGGAUUGUGGCCAUUUUCACACAAUCUUGAAACUGGUUCAGGUUCAGAACAGAAUGAAUGUUUGUCAAUGUUACCAUAGUCCGAAACUUUCGAUCAGAUUUCAUGCAACUUCAACCUUGUCUUAAAGUUGGCCAUUUCUGGUCUUUCUGAAAAAUACAGCCCUUUGACUGAGAAGUUGUCCAUGUUCAUUUUUUUUCCCAUCUCACUACUACAAAAUGAUUGUUUUACAUGUGAUGCAUGCAAAUGUUUACAAAUGUUUUGAGUAUUGCUUUCCAUUAAACUGAUGUGCUCCCCAGUAAUCCACUAAACCGUGAGACAAAGCACAUUUUUCCACAUGCAGAAAUAUGUUGUCUAAAAAAAAAAAAAAAAAAAAUAUAUAUAUAUAUAUAUAUAUAUAUAUAUAUAUAUAUAUUUGAAUUUUAUUACAUUCUUCAAGAAAGCAAUGCAACCAGCUUUUUUUCUGUUUUUGCUUCAAAAGGAAUUUUAUGGUGAAAAAAAAAAUUGCAAGGUGCAAUAACUUUGUCUUGAUGUUUUUGUCGAUGUGUGUGCAGACAAAAAUAAAAUUAGAGGAGGGAAAAAAACUGGCUAAAAAGUUUUAUACGGUGCACAUACUUUAUUGCAACUACUGUGUGAUUUUCAGACUAUACAAGCCUAUAUUCCUCCCACUCCUAGCUGAACCCUGUGGCUUAAAGACCAGUGCAUCCCAUUAAUGUAUUUUCACAGACUAAUGUCUUUUUUUGUAAAAUACAGUGGUACCUCUACAUACGAAUGUAAUUUGUUCCAGGACCUGGUUUGUAAGCCAAAAUGGUUGUAUGUCGAGAGGGAUUUUCCCAUAAGAAUACAUUAUAAUUCGAUUAAUUUGCUUCACAGCCCAAAAACCUACGCUGAAUCAUUCAUAAAUACUGCAGGUGCAAUUACAAAUAGCAAUUACAUAUAACAAAAAUCAAGUAAAUUAUAAAUGCAAAUCGGAAUAAUAAUGCAAUUAUAAUAAUCGUAUUGUAACGAAUCGGGUUUUAAUGUUGGGGUUGUGUUUUGCAUGCUGUUCCUGAACGCACCAUGUGGCUGAUGAGAGUGAGGGAGGUGUAGAAGAGUGGGAAGUUUUUACUUUGUCUUUUCAUGUUCUGUUGUUUGUGUCUGCUAUGGCGGAUAGUAGCCGUGUUGUGUUACACAAGUUCUGAAAUAAAUUAUUAAAAAACU